GAACGUGCCCACACUCACCACCCUACACAUCUAUCUCUCAAUCCUUCUCCCCUUCCCUCACCUGCCCUCCCCUUCCCUCGCCUGCCCUCCCCUUCCCUCACCUGCCCUCCCCUUCCCUCACCUGCCCUCCCCUUCCCUCACCUGCCCUCCCCUUCCCUCACCUGCCCUCCCCUUCCCUCACCUGCCCUCCCCUUCCCUCACCUGCCCUCCCCUUCCCUCACCUGCCCUCCCCUUCCCUCACCUGCCCUCCCCUUCCCUCACCUGCCCUCCCCUUCCCUCACCUGCCCUCCCCUUCCCUCACCUGCCCUCCCCUUCCCUCACCUGCCCUCCCCUUCCCUCACCUGCCCUCCCCUUCCCUCACCUGCCCUCCCCUUCCCUCACCUGCCCUCCCCUUCCCUCACCUGCCCUACCCUUCCCUCCCCUGCCCUACCCUUCCAUCUUCCCCCCCUCCUCCCCACCCAACUCUCACCUGGCCUCCCCCGCCAGGCUCCCAUCUGUCAUUCGUUCCGCCUUACCCGCACCCCCCUUCCACAUGCUCCCCCCACCCUGCCCUGCCGCCCCGGCCUGUCUCCCCGAUCCCUUUCGCGGCGGGGACAGGUCCGGCGAGUCUUGUCUGGCUCGUCGACGAGGUGGGGAGAGGUUUGGCGAGUCUUGCCUGGCUCGGCGUCGAGGGGGAGAGAGGUCCGGGGUGGCCUGCCUGGCUUGGCGUCGGGGUGGAGACAGGUCCGGGGACGCUUGCCUGGUUCGGCGACGAGGCGGGGACAGGUCCGGUCUGGCGAGCCAUGCCUGGCUCGGGGAGGAGGAGACAGGUCUGGUGAAUCGUUUCUGGUUCGGCGUGGGGGAGACAGGUCCGGUGAGCCCUUUCUGCCCCUUCGAGGAGGCGACAGGUCUGGCGGAACGGCUCUGGCUCGGAGGGGAGGAGACAGGUCCGGUGAGUCAUGCCUGGCUCGGCGAGGGGGGGAAAGAUCAGAUGAUUGGGCUUUUCUUCUCCGAGGCGGGGACAGGUCCGGGCUGUCAUGCCGCCCUCUCCUGCCUCGGCGAGGAGGCGACAGGUCCGGAGAGUCUUCUCUGGUUCGGCGCCUAG